AUGGACAACUUGAAUUCCUCAACCUUAGAGAUCAAUACAAAAAUGAUAAACCUAAUGCUUCAAAUGGAGAAAUUAUCCAAAAAUACAAUGAGUUUAAACAAGAGAUGUGAGGAGAGUGAGGAGCUGUCAAGUGAUGAAGAUUUUUCAAGUGAUAAGGAACUUUCAAGUGAUGACCAAUUUUCAGAACCUUUAUAUGACAACAAUGUCUUUGCUGAUAAUUGCCAAGAAGGGCUCAGCAUCACUAUUGAUUCUGAACUGGAUAAUGAGGACACUAGCGCAUUUGAUUAUACUGAAUUGAUGAUAGACAAGGAAAAUGAAGUUGGGUAUUAG